CUAAUUUUUUCUAGUUUAUUCGAUUUUUUUAAUAGAGUGUUGACUGCGAUGAAGAAGAAAGCCAUUGUGAUUGACGAUGGAUAUAGAAGGUUUAUGCAGCAUACUCGUCUAAUGUCUGAAAAAAUCGAUGUUCCAAUUAUCUGUCUUGACGAAGAUGAUAAUGAUGAUCUUAUGAUUGAUAAGGACUACAACGUGUUCUUGGAUCAUCUUCGAAGAGGUGAUAAUAACAGUUUUAGCCCUCGCCUUGAGGUUGACAAUGGAGAAUCCGACAUUCGUAGAUUAAAGAUCUUUUCUUGUGAUUCAAAGAGAUCAAAGCUUGGGAAUGAGAAUCCAGUGAAGAACAGAGUUCAUCAACAGGGCAAGAGGAAAACUGUUGGGUUUAAGGCUGAAAGAGUUAAUAUCCGAGAAAACAUUCAACGAGACAACAGAGUUGCUGAACGAAGAAAGCGGAGGAUCGCAGAGUUAGAAGCUGCAAAGACUUCAAGAGAUGUUUCUUCACUAAAAAACCAACAAGAAGACACUCAACAACGAGACAACAAAGUUAGGAAACUAUCAGAGUCAAAGGCUGAGACUUUAAGAAGAGAUGAUGUUCCAUUGGUUAGAACUCAAGAAGACAGUCAACGAGCCAACACAGUUUCUGAAGGGAGAAAGAGGAAUAAUGACGAUGCUUUAAGAAGAGAUGUUCCAUUGGUUGAAACUGAAGAAGACAAUCAACGAGACGACACAGUUUCUGAAGGGAGAAAGAGGAAACAUGACGAGCUCGAGGCUGAUGCUUUAAGAAGAGAUGUUCCAUUGGUUAAAAGAACUGAAGAAGACAUUCAACGAGACAACAUGAAGGUUGCUGCAGAGACUUCAGAGGUUGUUCACAUGGAGCGAGUAAAUGGAGUUACAGAGGUUAAUGAUGUAGAUGAGACUUCAAGGAGCCAAGAAGUUUUUGUAGGGAGAAGGAAGAAGAAUGAGGGGAGUGAAGUGGCUGUGGAUAAGGAUUACAUGAGGUACCUCACAUGGCUUGUAGAUUCUCUUAGAGAUUCGACAACUGAGCCAAUGGAAAAUCUUCAGAAAGAUCAGUCUGAUUUGGAUACUCUAAAAGAAUCGACAAUGGUCCCUGAAAUGGAUCCACUAGUAGAAGUGAAGGUUGAACCAGAUCAUGAUUGGUCAGAUUAUAUAAUUGCGAUGGGUGAUUCACCGUUUUUGGAUGGAGAGGAGUGUACACCGUUUGUGGUGUCCAAGAAAGUGGUUGAUCUAGAUGAAGGAAGUAAAGAGGAAGAAAGUAGUAGUAGUUGGUUUAGGAAGGAGCUAAUGGAUGUUCUGCAAAAACCAUAUGAUGAAGGAGAGUUGAAGCUGCUCCAUCGUUACGCAUCAAUCCAUAGAAAAAUGACUCGAUGCAGAGAACUACGAAAGGGGAGAGAAUCUGAUUAUGAGACGGACGAACUUGGACAAUCUUAUCUAGAAAGUUUCCCUGAUUUCGAAAAAGAAUACAAGCUUGUGGUUGGUGUUGAUAAGGCAAGAGCUUUGAAGUUGCUGCGUGGGUUUUUCUUGUACUUGAAAUAUGUUUCUCAUGAUGGUGUUUUCAAGCCUUGGGAGAGGAAUCAAAGGUGGCAACCUUAAGAAAUGGUGAAGCUUUUGGUUUAAUAACCAGCUUGAUGUAGAUUACGUUUUUGGAUUUCUAUCUGUUGUUGGAUGGCAAUCUGAUUCAGUGUAGUUUCUUGUCACCCAAGAAUCUGGUUUUAAUGAGUAGGUUUUUCCUGAAAACUGAUGCAAUGUCUCAGACUUUUUUGAUCUUAUAUAACAAAAACUGGUGAGUUUA